AUGGACAACCCAAUGGUACUUCGUCUAUUUCUUUACUUUAUGCGUAUUAUCAUGACUGUUACUAACGCUAUUACUACUGAUGAAGAACAGUUCAAUAAGCAAAUACCUUUCUUUGUAAUGCAACCUCGUACCAUCAUUAAUCAAACACUAUAUUCGUAUUGUAAAGAACAAUAUGAAUUUAAUAUUCAGUCAAUGUUCAUUAAUUUAACGACAUGGCCAUCGGGAUUCAUUUAUGCGCGAAAUCCAUAUCAGAAAUUCGAUGACAAGAAUGGUAAUGAAGUAUUACCUAUGCAAGACUGCACUAUGGAAUUACGAGCAUCAUUAAGGGAUCAUAUUCGAUUCAUUUUUUAUCCAAUACCUACUAUACGAGAUGAUUAUGAUCAUGAUUAUUUUAAUUUAGUACCAAGAAUGCCUUGUUUGAGAAUUCGAGAUAACGAUAAAACAAUUACAUUUGAUUGUCCUAUGAUUUUUGAUGUAAGCCAAUCAACAUCAUUAAGUCGUCAAUCGGAUGAUUAUUUAUCUAAUAGUAAUACAAUUUAUCUUGAAUUUAUUCGACCACCUAACUCUAUUAGUGAUUAUGAUGAAAGUUAUCAUCAAUUUAAAUUAUUUUUUACCAGAUUGACAUCAAAAACAUCUGUUGGUCUUAAUGAUGAUUUAUCUAUUUGUCCAAUUGAACAUCUCAUUGAUUGUGAUGAUUCAUACUGUGUACAUGCAGAUGCUCGUUGUAAUGGUAUUAAUGAGUGUCGUUCGAAAGUUGAUGAAGAAUCAUAUACAUAUUUAUUCUUAUUUUAA